CCAGUUCAUAAUCUCACCUGAAGUAAAGACUCUGGACCUGGUUCAGAGGAGCCAGGUCUUUGGCCUCUUCUCUUCUGUUCUGGACUGGACUGGACUGUUUUGGACCAGAGGAUGAUGAGGAGUGUGUGAUCUGGUUUCUGGUGUUUAAACUGGACUUUCCGCUCCUCAGCUGAACCAGAACUGUUCUAAACUGAGCCGGACCAGAACUGAACAUCCAAACAAACAGGUGAGGUGCAGUCCGCUCCGGCACAGUCCGCUCCGGUCAUGCAGUCGCUGACGCAGGAGAUCCAGAGUUUCUCUCGGACUCGGCUGAGGAAACAGUGCACACGCGUGACGUCGCUGAGCGGCCGACGCAUCAUCGAGACCUGGAAAGGUUCCACCAUCACUGUGGUGGAAGACUCCGCCCCCAUAGAGAAGAUGCUGGGAUACGUCCCCGACACUUCCUGGGACCUGCAGGUGGGCGUGGUCAAACCUUUCCUGCUGCUGGGUUCUCAGGAUGCUGCUCAUGACUUCAACACUCUGAGGAAACACAAAGUGUCUCACGUCCUGAACGUGGCGUUCGGCGUGGAGAACGUGUUCCCGGACCUCUUCAUUUAUAAGACGGUCAGUAUUCUGGAUCAGCCUGAUGCAGAUCUGCUGCUCCACGUCCAGGACUGUUGUGACUUCAUCCAGCAGGCUCACACUGAGAAAGGCGUGGUUCUGGUCCACUGUAACACCGGCGUGUCCCGGGCACCGUCUGUGGUCAUCGCCUACCUGAUGUCAUGUGACGGUCGGUCUUUCGACGACGCCCUCUCAUUGGUCAGAUCGGCUCGGCCCGCCUCCUCGCCCAACCCCGGCUUCCUGGAUCAGCUGAAAAGCUUCAGAACAGAGACGGCGGCGAACGCGUCCAAACCCUGAGGAUGAGGAGGGUUAAUAAUGAUAAAGAUUUACGUUUGAAUUUCAUCACAUUCAUCACAAGUCUGAUGUAAAACAUGACACGGAUUUGAACACAAAAUGACUUGAGUGAUUCCAAACAGCUUGAAUGUGGAUCGGAUCUUCUCUGUGUUUUUCUUCAAAUCACUUUUCAGAGCAGUUAGAUUAGAAUGUUGUUUCCAAACAGAAAAUCAAUUAAAG